UUCCUUUCCUGUAUUCCACGACAAAAAAAAAACCUACAAGGCCUGUAUCCAACUACAGGAAGAACCUGGCGACACAUAGGGCAUAGAAGCAGAUUUUAUCAGACUCACCUGCGAUCAAAAUCCUCAAGUCAGAAUGCCGCCCCGUCGAAGUACGGCCAAGUCGAAAGUUCAAUCUGCGACAGCUUCCUCUUUCUCUCCUGCCGAACUCAUCACACCCUCUCUCAAUGAGCAACUGUUGGAAUACAUUUCACAAUGGGAAACAACGGGUACCGAGUCUCUUCACAAGCUUAUAAUAUCACUCCUCAAUACUAUUAAUUCGGCGCCUACAACACUUGGCGUUGUGCCUUUACUACACGUGCUUGUGACGCUUCUCAAAUCCAACGUGGAUGAAAGAGAGCUCACAGGUGUGUUCGAAGGUGUUUUGGAUGAGCUUGAAGACGACAGAAGGGAUAUCUUCGGUGAAGCACUCGUGGAUGCUGUAGAAGUGUUGGAAGAGGAGCAAGAGGACGUGGGCGGAAACAAAAAUAAAGGAGAGAAGGAGACUGAAGAAGCAGAAGACAAGUCUCCCAAAGGACUUUCAAUCCUCAAGCUUCUUCUUGAGUCAAAUACUCUUCCUUCAUAUAUCCCCAAUCUCCUCCUGAACCCAGAACGUCUCAUCCCUCUCAAUCUUCACCCUAUGCCCCGAAACCCUCGAGCUUUCCAAAGUGCUUUGGUCAAGAAAAAUACCACUCUUUUUUUCAAGCAACGGAAAUUCAAUCUCUUGCGUGAAUGUUCGGAAGGUUUCUCUGGACUGAUCGUGCUCCUAACUUCAGAAGACACUCUUCCCUCUCAUCCAGAGGAAGAGGACGAUGAAGAAAGGCGAAAUAGGGCAGAUAGGGUCUGGGGAAAGAUCAUGCGGCUGAUAGGAUACUUCAAUCUCUCACCGCCAAGAGUACUGGAUAUCAUCCUCGAAGUGUUCAGCUGCCACAUCAUACAUCAUUGGCCAUUCUUCCUUGAGCUCUUGAGAUGCUCACCAUGGGGACCAAGUUCUAAUCAGGAAGAUGAUGAUGGUGGAAUCUCAACAAAAAAGGGCUGGAAGGAGGAAGAGGUCGAAGGAAUCGAGAAUGCUUUGAAGCGGGACGGCGACAGGGUUCUGAGUCAAGUUUUGGGGUUCAAGUUUGGGUUCUUCCGUAAACCCGAGGCUGGUGACACACCUAUCGGUCUCAUUUACACUGCUGCUCUCCUUAUCAAGCACGGUUUUGUCGGCUUAACGGAUCUUUUGCCAUGUCUUUCCCCCGAUGACAAUGAGAUGGAAACAAUACGCAAGAAAUGGGCGUCGUCUCUUUCAUCACGGUCUGGCCCCGCUAAUGCUCUGACCGAUACCAUUCUUGAUGACGAUGAACCGCCCUCUGGCACCAUUGGGUCUAUCUCCGAACAAGCUCAAAACAUCCCGACAAAGCCUCCUCCCGAGCAGAGGAUACAGCUUACUCAAGCACUUCUCGCAUUGGGCGACAAGGCUGCGUCGGAGUACAUGUUGGCAAGGUGGCCAUGGAUUGCGCAGAAGAGUACCGGAGUGGCUGAUUUGAUCUUGGACAUCGUGGAAGAUGCACUAAAACCGGUUUACGAAGAAGUUGUGGCCAAGCGAGAAGAGAAAGAAGAGUUUGACCUGCAGGCUGUCGCUCCCAUCGUACAAGACUCAGAAUCAAUCGGGAAACAGACCGUCUUGACUCUUUUUGCCCCCGCACCCCCUGAAACGACGACCAAGAAGUUCAAGUUCUUCUAUCCUCAUCGUGAGGGCGUAUCCGAAAGCUGGUCAACUGUGGACGAGAUCCACGAGAAGGGCUUGAGGUGGCUGGGUUUGAUUGGGGGACUUGGAGGAAGAAGAGCGAGGCUUAUGGUCAUGCUUAGCAGAAUUGGAGCUGCGCAGUUUGAACGGCUCCGAGAGAACAAGCUGGAGCAAGGGUUAACAGCAGAGCAUUCGCAGCCGACGGUGGAGGAGCUCAAGCCCUGGCUUGACAUCAUUCGUGUCUCCCUUCUUCCUUCUCUGUCUUGUUCUAUGGCUUCAGGAACGUUCGAUGUUGAACUCUGGUCCCUUCUCAAACUCUUCCCCUAUACUUCACGAUAUUCUCUCUAUGGCGAAUGGCGAGAUAGCACUUGCAGUGCAAAUGGCAGGAAACCUUGUCUAAUAGCAGCUCACGCCGCAGCGAUGACUACCAAAGAGGUUCAAAAGGCCCUUCGACGAGUUACGUCAACCAACACCUCUGCUACAUCCGGUGCCACUCCUACCGAACGGCAUAGUGCCCGAGCACUUGCCAAACAGAGUCACCAUAACCCUGUGUUUGUCUGGACAACUGCAGUGACGCAAGUGAAAGCGUACCCAAACAUCGGAGAGGCCAUCGUAGAUGCAGGAAGGUAUAUGGCUCAAUUGUCAUUCGACGUGGCCACGUUUGUCAUGUUAGAUACUUUGUCGGACGACAGGGCUUUAAGGCUGAAUGAGAUGGGUACCGGUGUGGCGCUCUGGUUGGAACGAUUAUCCAAAUUUGUUGGAGAUUUCAACAGACGAUACAGCAACAUGGAUCUUUACCCUGUUUUGCAAUACAUCAUCAAUCGACUCAUGCGCGGCCACUCUGGUGACCUCAUCAUCCUUGAAAAACUGAUGUCUUCCAUGUCAGGCAUUGAGCCCGUCCCUAAUGAUGGUGUUUCUGAGGCCCAGCUUCAAGCGUACGCUGGUGGCCGGGAAAUGAUACGGGAGGCCUUCUCCGCCACUCGAAUCAGCGUGACUGCCCCUCCAGAGCCUGGCGCUUCGGAGCAACCCACGCGAGCGCCUGUAGAGAAGGUGAAAAAUGUGAAGAAGAGUUUGCCGAGACUGGUCAAUGCAUUGAGGGAAAAGGGGUUGGCAAUGCCCAUCUGGAUAGCUUUGGCGCAGACGAGGCAGGCUGUAGUGGACAAGAUGGUAAAUGCUCCCAUCAAGGCCAUGAAUCUUGUCCAAGACACUUGUCACAACGCAUUCGUUCAAUUCGGCGAUUUCCUUGUUGAAUACCUUACUUCUGACGAGCAUAUCGCUCUUAUUCCCGAUCUUCAGCAACUUAUAGUUGAUUUUGGCCUCGAGUAUGGUAUGGCCUUCCAGAUCUUGCGACCACGUUUAAACGCGGAGAUUGAACGUGCUCGUGUUGAGGAGAAAGCCGCCGUCCAAGCGCGGCUUGAAGCCGCGAAGAAGGCAAUGUCUGAGAAGGAGAGGAACGGAUCACCUCAGAAAGUCGAGAGCCCGGCGCUUCCCGGAUCACCCACGACCCCGUCUUUGCAGUUCACUCCAGGUGCGACUCCGGGACCAGGCGAAAUUGAGGAUGUCGUAAUGGAAGAGAGUGAAAAGGGCGCACUCAGUAUACCUGCACCAAAGACGCCGAGCAGUAAAAGCAAGAUGUGGUGGCCCUCUGCUUUGACGCCUACCAUGCAACAAACGCGAAAACUUUUGCCACGUGAGGCUAAUGAGGUCAUGAGUGCGCCUUUCUUUGUCAUUUUCUGGCACCUUACGACCCCCGACAUCGCUUUCUCCCCUCAAUCAUAUGAUAACGCCAUAAAAUCUAUCAAUCGACAUAUCUCCACCAUCUCCUCUUGGUGGGUUAACCCAAGAGAUAAAUCAAAGAUGGCCGAGCAGCGGGAUGAGUUAGCUAGACUGAAAGCGAGAGUGAAGGUUCUGCAAGAGGAGAAGGAAGCACACGGGUCGCUGGUCAAUGGACCGAUGAAGAGGAGGAUGAGGCUGGAGAGUGGCAAGUGGUUUGGCAAGGCAAUUGUGGAGAAGAAUCUUCAAAGGCCGUUAGCCAUUCAGCUCCAUCAAUAUUGUUUCUACCCUCGAGCUAUUCUUUCGCCCUGCGACGCUGUCUUCGUCGCCAAGUUCAUUCGUAUGGCUCAUAACUUAGGUACUGUUGGCUUCUCGACAUUGUUCGUUUACAACAACUUCUUCAAUGAUAACCUCGCCGCCUGUAUCUUUUCCUGUACGGAUAGUGAAGCUCGUAAUCUUGGUCGAUGCUUGGCUCUGAUUCUUGCCGAUUUGGACAAGUGGCAUCAGAGCGAAAACGUGUAUCUCAAAGAGGCGCUCGGUAUCUCACCUAACCCCAUUGAGGGCGGAGAACAAAAGAGGCUACCUGGUAUGCUAUUUAGGUCAAAGGCCGGUGAUGACAUGCGUGAAAUGUCAUGGCAAGAAUUCAGAAACUUUUACGCCAAGUGUCAUAACGUCCUCACUAGGGCCCUCAUUUCAUGUUGGAGUGAAGCGGAAUUUAUGCAUAACAAGAAUGCUAUCAUCGUCGCCUUGCAAGUAAUCAAGUACUUCCCUCUCAUGGAGACAAAUGGCAAAGCAAUCGAAGCCGCGGUAAAGAAAUUGCAGGCCGGUGAGGUUGGAGAGAUCCCUAAUGACUUAAAGAUGAUGUGCACUUCAUUCUUAUCGGGUCUUAAGAAACGUCAAGAUGCCAGACCAUUCGUCGCCCCUGCAACAUUCCACGGCGCCGCAGCUCGAGCCGCUAUCGCAAGGGCACCAAGUGCCCCCAAGGUUGAAUCUCCAGCUCCCAGCGGCAGCAUAUCAACUCCCUCUCGCUCCCAACCAGCUAACGGCACAAAUGGUACAGCCUCGCCUUCUCCAGCCGGUACUCCCGGACCUAUGACCACGGAUCCCAGAACUUUGCGUCAAAAGGUUGAAGAAAGUCGAGCCAGAGCGGCGGCUUCGGCGGCCGCCAAGGAACAGGAAGCUGGUACUGCUCCGCAAUCCCCUCUUGUACACCCCAUACCCACUCGACCCGGUCUCCCCUCUCGUCUUGCUAGCUCCGCUAACUCGGUCCCUGUGACUCCAACCGGCCCCUCGGCUAUUACCCGAACUUCGACGCCUAAUGCAACCUCUGUGAACUCCCGUGCUCACACACCUGUGUCUUCCAUGGGUCCACCUCCCGAUAUGUCUGUGGAUGAAGCCCGUGCUGCUGCUCGUGCUCGCAGACUCGGAGGUAUUCACCGUCCCCCUCCACCUCCGCCAUCUGCUGCCGGGCAAACUACAGAGAGUGCAGUAUCUACUGCCUUCACGAACUUGGAUGCGGAAAGACAGGAAGAAAAAGCGGAAGAGAAAGAGAAAGAGCCCGGUACUCCACCUACUCCCCUUGUGGAGUCUACUCGUGGCAGGUCUCCACCAGCCUCUGUUAAAACAUCGCCUACAACUACUGUGAGGACUCACAGAGACGGCAGCGUCGAAAGCCGAGCGAGUGAGAGAUCGAAGAGGCGCGAGCAAGGCAGAGAUAAAUACCGUCGUGACAAAGAUCACAGGGAUAGGGACAAGGAGAGAGAACGGGAGAAAGAGAAGGAUAGAAUGGAUCGAUCUGCUGCAGAAGAUGACAAGAGGCGUCAGGAAGAUAACGUUCCAGCGUCCACUCAAAGCGAUUCAGGGCGCGAAUCGAGGAGGUCCAGGCGUGAUGGAGAGCGAGAGCGAGACAGGGAGGAGAAGAAGAAUCGAGAGCGUGAGAGGGAGGAUAGAAAGGAAAGGGACAGGGAAAGGUCUUACAGAGGUGAAGACAGUGAUCGCAAGCGUAAGAGAGAUGAGGAGUCUUCUUCGAGGAAACUCGAGCCAGACGCGUCAAGUGGCAGUAGGAAGGAGCGCGAGCGAGAGCGAAGGAGGUAUGACGAAAGGGACAGAGAAAGGGAGCGCGAUUUCAGGGACCGGGAGAGGGACCGAGAAAGGGAUAGAAACGAGCGAGACAGGGAUGGUCAUCGUGACAGACGCGAACGUGAGCGAGAUGGUCGACGACGAGACCGAGACAGCCGCGACGUCCGAGAGAACCGUGAACGACGUCGCACACCUCUUGCUGAAGACGGUCCCGAGCUUGCAUCCGCCGCCUCUAAAGACAAUACCGAUACUGCAUCUAACGUUUCCGGCCCUGGAGCUGCCAGAACACCGCAUGCCCUCCCGGCAAGGCCUGGCAACUCUGAGCAGGUUCCCAGACUACCUCCGAAUGCUGCUCCAGUAUCCCAGAACCCCCAAGAACCUCUCAGUUUGGCUGCCAGAUUGGGCGGCAUGGCACGACCGGCUUCUCCUCAUGUAAGGGCCAAUGAGCCUAUUCAUAGAUCUACAAGAGACGACCUCGGGAGGGAUAAUGACUGGAAUAAUGCGCCGAGGAGAGAUGAAGCUACAGAGGAGGAAUCGAGGAAAGAGCCUGCUGAUCGAAAAAGAGCUUUGGAAGCCGAGGCUGGCCCCGAGGCUCGAGAGGAGUCACCUGGAGCGUCCAAACGUGUUAAGAUCGAUCGUAACAAGGCCCGUGGACGAAGGCAAGAGGGCGGUGGUGCGAAAAUGUUCCAGCAAGCCAUGGGGAGUACAAAGGACAAAUAGGCGGGGAACGAAAGAAUCUAGUGUUAAGACAUCCGUCUUUAAAGUGAUUUCUUGCAUAUGCAUCCAUGUUUGACUA